AUGCAUUUCUCAUCACUUGCCAUCGCAUCGGCUGGCCUUCCGCUUAAGCACGGCCUUCCAUACAAAUACAUUGAUCCCACUUCUUCGCUGUCGGAGACGUCGGUGGAAGCGUUUGAAAUGCCGGCCGAAUCGCGUGCCAACUUUUUGAAAAAGGGCAUAAAAAAUCUUUUCCCCAUCCAGGCUUCGGUAUGGGCAGAAAUUCUAGAUGGCAGCGAUGUGCUUGCUAGAGCUCGCACCGGAACAGGGAAAACCCUCGCUUUUGCUCUUCCAAUUAUUUCAAAGAUUGCAGCAGAAAAGCAAGAUCGAAAAACAGGCCGUUCCAAACCAAAAGCACUGAUCAUUGCACCGACUAGAGAGCUUGCAACUCAAAUCUCAUUGGCUGUUAAGGAAUUUUCGCCGCAUAGCGUCUAUUCUUGUGUCUGUUAUGGCGGAAUCAAUAUCAAUCCCCAGCUGGAAAUUCUCUCUCGUGGUGUCGAUAUUGUGAUCGGCACGCCGGGAAGGCUUCUUGACCUUUAUGAACGAGGAGCCUUGCAGCUCGGUGAUUUGGACUUUAUUGUACUCGACGAGGCGGACUUUAUGCUGGAUCUCGGCUUCAAAGCAUCGUUGGAGAGCAUUUUAUCAAACGUUCAAUCUGGAGUCAGUUCAUCGGGAAACCAAUUUCCACAAAUGCUUUUAUUUAGUGCAACCGUCCCAGAAUGGGUCACUUCCACUGCAAAGUCAUACUUUAAGCGGCCCCACAAGAUUUACGUCGAUGCUGUCGGUGAAACAACGAUCCGCACCAGUGAAAACAUUAGGCAGGUCGCUCUUGCAUAUCGGGGAGAAGACUUGGUGCCCUUUGUCACUGAAGUGCUCACGACGUUUUGUCCAUCGUCUUCUGUUGUUCCAAUGAAGGCGCUAAUUUUCUGUGACACCAAAAGGCAAGUAUCUCACCUUGCCUCUGGUCUAUUUUCAGGAUACACAGGAAAUAUCAGGCCUAUUUGCGGGGCUCUUCAUGGAGAUCUUUCACAAAAUCAACGCAACGACACCCUGGAUGACUUUAAAACUGGACGCGUCAAUGUCCUUGUUGCUACUGAUGUAGCAGCAAGAGGGUUGGAUAUCGCCGAUGUUGAUGUUGUUAUCCAACUAAACCCGCCGCCAAUGGUUGAGACUUUUAUCCAUCGUUCUGGAAGAACCGCUCGUGCAGGAAAGGGCGGUGUCAAUGUCUUGAUCUACAAUCCCGAAGAGAAUCUAUCGGACCUAGCGGAGAUUGAAAAGAUUGCUGGAUUUAAAUUUUCUCGCCAAGCACUGGCCGUUGGCCGCUCCCUGGUCAUCAAAGAUAAGGAUACUUUUUCUCAAAUCAUCAAAGGGGUCUCCGUAGAAGAAAAGAAUUCCAUGAGUGCUGUUGUAGCUGGAUUUCUGGAAUCAAAUCCCGCAUCUCAAAAAGAUGCCAUCCUUUCGCUGGCUGCUCUCCUCCACAGAUCCUUUCCUGCAUCCUUUAAAAUCAACAGAUCUGCUUUGACGGGGGAAAAAGGAUAUAUCACGCUUCAGUACUCUCCAAAGCGAGCUCUAAAUAAUGUUGAGGAGCUUGUCUCUUCCUUGGAAGCUGCAAUUUCGGUUCCAAAAAUAUUGUCUCAAAUUUCGUUGCGAAAAUUGAGUGCCGAUCGAAAAAGCCUUCUUUUUGAUGUACCUCUUGAGAUUGGAAAGAAUAUUCUUAUCCAAAACGAGCUUCCAGAAGUAGGCGAAAAUGGCGAGAUAUUUGCAGUUCAUCAAAUACCGGAACUAUCUAAUGACAGGAUAUCCAAUUCUCGUGCCACCGUUUCAUAUGGAUCAAUGAGAAAUACCUCCAGAGGAGCGGGCUUUUCAAGCCCUAACUACAACAGGGGGGGAGCGAAUUACCGCAAUGAUUUUGGAAGAGAUAGGUUCAGCAAUUCUCGUUUCACUGAUUCUCGCCAAGGGAUCCGAAGAGGAGAAUCCAUUGGAUAUCAAAAUCAAAGCAAUGGCCAAAGAGAAGCCACCGAUUACCAAUACCGAGGAACCGAUCAAAGAAAAAAGUCCACCACGUGGGACAUUGACGACGAUUUAAUUUAA